CACUCACACGCUCUCAUGGCAGUUAAGAUGCAUGGAGGGAUAACGAUGCCGCACCAGGUUCUUAAGUUGUUAUUUGUCAUUGUCGCAGUUUCCUGUUUUGUGAACGGCUCAACUCCAAUGGGCGACCAUAAAGGGAAACAGUUUCUUCUGUCGUUUUUAAAAAACGGCUACGGACAAGGAAAGGCAUACAUACUAAUAAUGGCAGAAACGAAGGCUGAUGUCACAAUCACAAACCACUUAGAAGGAACAGUCAAGUUCUAUGAGAUUGACAGUGGGCUGUCUUUGAGCGUCGAGCUGGCGAACUCCAUUCGUUAUUCUUCAGACACAGAGGAAGUUCAAGAAAAGACCGUCGCCGUUGAUUCGACAUCCGACGUGUCUGUGUACGUCAUGGACUAUAACACAUACUCUUCUGAUGGAUAUUUGGCUAUUCCAACCACCUAUCUCUCUACGACCUACAUAGCUGCAUCCUAUACACAAUCCAACUACAGUCCAACAAUGCUUGUAUCAGCAAUCCAAGAUAAAACAAGCGUGACAGUCAAGUUCAAGAUUAAAGAUGGCGGAACAUGCGGUUCAGGAAACCAUUUAGAUGGAGACACUGCUACGUUCAGCCUAAGUGCAAACAAAACAUUUGGAAUCUUUUGUACUCACGAUUUAACAGGGACGUACGUUAAAAGCACCAAACCAGUGUCUCUUCUUUCAGGACAUCCAUGUGCAAGGGUUCCUGAAGGCAUUGACGGCCUGGAUAUGCUUGUGGAGAUGAUAGCUCCCAUUGAAGCAUUAGGGUCUAGUUUCGUGAUCCAUAAUUUGGAAGGAAGAGACAGUGGCGCUAUAUACCGCACUGUUGCAUCAGCGGAUGGGACAGUGGUGAAGACUAGUACUGGGAAAUCAUUUUCUCUGGGGUUUGGUGACUAUUUCGAUAUCGAUACAGCUGCUAAUGGGGAGAUGUGCCUCACGUCUAACCAUCCGAUUCUGGUUGUCAUGUAUGGUAAAAGCAAGAAGGCUGACACAGUUGUAGGAGAUGGUGAUGGAUUCAUGACGCAGGUGCCCUCUACAGACCGAUUUCUAUCUUCGUACAUGGCUGACUUUUCGUCACUUACUGAUUUUACAACAUAUUACGCCAUGACAGUUUCAACGGCAUAUGCAAAUACAUCUGACUAUCGGUCCAUACCGGGAUGUGAUUUUGCAGUAAAUUUUACUUCAGCCAGUGGAUCUUCCAUACACCUCUCAGUGAAGGGAUCAUAUUUAGGCGCAAUCGCAUACGGAUUUAUGUCAUCUGGCGGGUAUGGGUUACCACUUGGAAUGGUCUUUGAUUUUGACGAGUGUGAGAGCAGUCCGUGUGUGAACGGAGGCACGUGUAAGGAUGGUGUGUAUACCUACACUUGUGAGUGUUUACCAGAACACACUGGCGUCAACUGUGAGUCGGUUAGUUCAUCAUUAACAACCAUAUCAUCGACCGUGUCGUCAACAACCGACAUACAGUAUUCAUCGGAUUAUCUAGCAAGUACUUCUACAACUGCCCACCAUCUUCUGCCCACUUCAGCAAGUUCCUUUUCAACCUCUACUGUUUCAUCUUCACAGAACAUCGGAUCUACAAUCUCAACUGGAAUAAGUGUUGACUCUUCUUCUCCAUCACCACCUAUAGAUAGUAUGGUCUCCUGGUCAUCUCAACAUUCAGACAAUGUGGCUUCGUCAUCCUUAGUUGUAGACGGUUCAGUUUCUUCGUCACAAUUAUCCUCAGAAAGUAUGACGUCCAUUACACCAUCGUCAUCACCAUCACCAGCUUCUGUGUACAUGUCAUACAGUACCCCUUCUAAAAGCAUCAAUCCGUUCAUUUCAUCAACAGUGCUUGAUGCAGGAACAUCUUCUUCUGACUUUAAAACUGCCUUGGAAUCAUCUUCCAUCUUCAGCCUGUACACCCCCCCAACAUACAUAGACGAUGCUACAUCGUUACGUUUACUUACCUCUUCUUUACCUUCAUCUGUGAUGCUAACAUCUACAUCACACCACACUGACUAUGACUCUCUGAUCGAGUCAUCAGUUGUCAGCAGAACCACAUCUUAUCCUCUUAGUCUCACGUCGACAUGCACAACUUGUGCCCCAUCAGCACCCGUGUCGGCCACUCCGGCAACGUCUACAAUAUCUGUCUUCCCCCCUCCGUCUGUACCCCAGACCUUAUCGACAGCUUGCAUAUGUACAUGUGCCGUCAAUCUAUCUGCAGUCGACUUGCUGAAGAUAACAGAUGAAAUUAAGAAACAACUAACUUUGCCAACACACAAUCUCUCAAGUACCCUACGGAGGAAAAUUAGUGUCAGUGAUGAUAGACCGAGUGCAGUUACUGUGGGUUCAGCUGGAAUUGUUUUCAUCAUCAUUGCUACUCUGUUACUAACAGUGCCGGAUAUCGUAAAUGUAUGGCAGUUUAUCUGUGGUGUGAGAAUUCAAAAAUCAAGUGGAAAGUUCUCUCAAGCCAACAGUGGUACCUAGGUCUAUGUAAAAUACAUUAACAGAUAUUCUUAUGUGCAUACACCUGUUAUUCUUAUGUGGAUAUAUAUAAUAUAAUUUGAUCACGACAUUCUUAAACUAAUCACUCUGAGAUACACAUUUCAACACAUAAACCAGUCAUGAACAUUCUACAACAAUGCUUCAGCGAUCACAGAUGACCUUUAUAAUCACGUGUACAUAAUUUGUAACACCCCAUGAUUCCGUUCUUCAGAUGUGUUGAAAUCAAGCGUACCAGCACAAUACCCGAUACCAGACGCUUAAUGCAUUCAACAGUACGACAGCCUAUUUGCUUUAGUUAAUAAUGUAUCUAGAUGUUUAAAUUGUUUUUAACGUUUUAACAUGCUUGAAACUCGAAAUCAUUUAACCCUUCGAUUAACCCUUUCAAUAAAACCCGAUCAUAAAAGUAUGGGUUUGGUUAUCAAAACGUGAUUUUAUAGACGCCAAAAGUCAA